AUGAUCAUUAGAACACCAACAAGAACAAAGACAACAUCAUUCAAGGGAGAUCAAAUGGAUUUCCAAUUCCCAUCACAAGAACACCUACCCAAGGCAUCACCCCAACAGGAAUUUGAUUUGAACAACCACCAUUUACUCAAUGAUGUUUUACAAAAGCAAACACUAAGCUUGCCCUCGCAACAUCCGGAGGAAGACGCCACUUCUCAGAUAUUGUCCGAUUAUACCUCCACUUCCAACACGAACACUAACUCCAAUUCUUCCAAUGGAUAUUACUCAUUUGCCAAUAUUUCAGACAAUACAACAUCACCAAAACUUCAUUCUCUAAGCUCGAAUUCAUACGGAGGAUUUCAAACGUUGGAUAAAACCGAUUACCCAUCAACUUUGGCACCUGAUAAGAUGCCAUUACUAGGUUCAUUAAAUAAUGACAGCAAGAGAACCUUGCCAGGGAAGAAGAAGAGUCAAACAGCUAGCUCCAUUCCAACGGCAGACAAUAUUUCAUUCGCCAUCGUUUCUGCAUCAUCUGAUUCUUCCACGAUGGAAACACCAUUACAAAGAGGAUCAUCGUCUUCUUCUUCAACUGUUUCAUCCACGAUUCAUAUAAAUAACAGAAAACCAACAAAUUUACAAAGGGUACCCACGAUAAGGCAAGUACCAUCAAUAAAUUCAUCAAGUUCCACUUCAAGCUUUAAACUAAGGGCUCAACAAAAAUCACCUAAUACAACAACACCACCUAAUAAUAAUAAUCAUAAUAAUAAUCAUACGAAGAUACACUCGAAAAAUAGACGUAUUUCAACAUCCGCAUCUGUUUCCUCCUCCAAGAAAUCAUCCUUGAAAAGAUCAAAUGCUAUACGGUGUAAAGGUGGUCUUCUCUAUUAUUUCACACUAAUGGGGAUUAAGAUAAAGAAACAAUUACGUCGUUUGAGAGCCGUCAUCAGGAAAAAGUUAUUUUCUUAUAAGAAUGAGAAAACUAAACAUACUACAGGAACCCCCAUUACGAAAAAGCCUGCUUAUCCAAGACCCGUUAAGAACCAUUCUCGUAUAUCUACAAGUAAUUCUCCAGAAACCUCACAUUUAAAGAGAACUAAUGGAUACAUGACCAAACUACAAAGAUCAAUGUCCAAUAGAUCCUUCCAACCUGUACUCCAACAAAAACCAACUCAACCAAGUGCCGCCACAACUACUAAAAACGCAGCCCCAUCUACCAAUAAGACCAAGAGAACAAACACAACAUCAUUAAGACGUACUCCAUCUUCAAUAAGGAGAGCUGCUUCUACUUUACAAUCUACACCUACAAAAUCUGUUACCAGAAAUAGUAGUUCGCAUUCCCGUACCAAAUUAAUUAGAUCCAAUGGUAAGAAUGGAUUGAGUAAUGUCAUUAGACAACCUUCCAUUGUCGUCAAGAAUAAAGUAAUCCCACUUUCUAUGAGUCAAUAUUCAUCUCUCAAGAAGGUAGGUGAGAAUGAUGAGGAUGAGUAUGUCAUUGAUACUGCUUCUAUGAAUCAAUUGAGUGAGAUUGAAGAAGAUGAAGCGGAUGAUGAUGAAAUGGAAGAUGCCGUCCAGGAUACGAAAUUGUUAUUCAAUCAAUAUUUAAGAUGUGUUAUUGCUAAGAGAAUCAUGUUAAGACUACAAAUCGCCAAGUUUCAGGAAUCGAGUCUACAAGGAAAUGACAUGCCAAGUUUAUUCGUUGAAGGAGAAGAAAAUGCUGACGAAGAUGAUGACAUCUCAAGUUAUGCUUCCUCUCAAUACUCUUCUGCAUGUAUGGACGAUAUAAUAAAUAAAGGCCUAAAUUCUAGCGAUAAUGAGAGUGAAAGUGACGUUGAGAGUGAAAUGGAUGACAAACUUGGUUCUUUAAAUAUCCCAUUCAGAAUGUUACCUUUCAAUAUGUUUGACAAUAGUAGAUCCUCUAGCAUGAUAUCUGUACCCAUUAGUACUGUAAAACGUUCCUCAACGCUACCAGUAAGUGUCAGAAUAUAA